CCAUUCGUUUGAUAAAAAUUGUUGCUGAUUUUCCUAGUGUUGCUUUGCUAUUAUGCAUGAAAGCCGUGAUUUUUUUUCUUUCACAGGUUUUGCCUCACGUAACAUGCCUGUGAAUCCACUCUUGGCCCUGUUUCAAAACUUUGAGCAAGUCUCAAAUUUUGUUCAGCAUCAUAUCUCUAAUUUCAUAGGUCCUCAUCUUCAGUCAUCAGGGCUCCCUGGUAGUGGCUUUCUCUUGUCUGUAUCCUCCUCCACUAAAGCUCCACUUGCGAAAACUACAUCUUCUGUACAGCUUGGUGAUACCGCUGUCAAGGUAAAAUCUACAACCCCAGCGCCUAAGGAAGAGCUUGGAAGGGCUACUUGGACUUUACUUCACACUCUAGCAGCUCAGUAUCCAGAUAAGCCUACAAGACAGCAAAAGAAGGAUGUAAAAGAAUUGGUACAUAUCUUAUCUCGAAUGUAUCCAUGCAGAGAAUGUGCAGAUCAUUUUAAAGAAAUUCUUAGAGCAAAUCCUGUACAGACUGGGUCACAUGCUGAAUUUUCUCAGUGGUUGUGUCAUGUUCACAAUGUUGUUAAUAGAAGCCUUGGCAAACCAGUAUUCCCCUGUGAACGAGUUGAUGCAAGGUGGGGCAAACUAGAAUGCGAACAGAAAGCCUGUGAAAUUAUUGGAAGUACAUCAUUUUUUGGGAAGAUACAAUAGGAAUCUAUUUGAAAAUUAUAACUUAUAUAUACGAGGUAUGUACUAAAUUUGGCCUUUUGGGAGCAUGUUUGUCAAUGAAUAUUUUUUUAUACGGCAUUUAUAGGUUGAUUUUUCGUAAUUCAAGAGUCUGAUUUGUUCAUAUUUAAAGAGUCUUGUUCAUAACUCAGUUCAAUUUAAUUUGAUAACUGAAA